GCGAGACGAACAGGAAGCGGAAACUAGCGAAGCGCUACCUAGCUUAGCAACAGAUAGCUCGUAUCAGGGAAUACAGAUCUGGUUAGCUGCAACUAUGGAGUCCGGAGAUACAGGGAGAGGAGGCUGGAACAACAAGUUCCGGCCAGCCCAGAAGAACAGGAUGAGUGUGAACAUUCUUCGUCAGGAGGAGCUGAUCGCCCAGAAGAAGCGGGAGAUCGAGGCUAAGAUGGCAGAGCAGGCCAAGAAAAAGAGCCUUCAGACUCCCAACAAGCCACUGCCACCAAGUUUACAGGGACACUCUUCGAACAACAACAAGUAUGUGAACGAUGGAAGCUUCUUGCAGCAGUUUAUGAAGCUUCAGAAGGACAAACCCAGCUCUGACUCUGGCUCCAGUAGUGACACCAAAGCCCCGUCAUCAUCCACCCCCAGUCCGUCGUCAGGAGUGUCUCAGCCCCAGAUGAAGAGCAUUCUCAUCGGCAAGCGCCCCGGUCUAGGGAUCAGCAGCAUGCUGAACCAGUUUAAGAACUACUCCCAGUCCAAGAAGAACCCACUUCGCCCCCAAAGACCUAGCAUAUUCAGCUCCCCAGAUGAAGAUGAUGAUGAUGAUGAUGAUGAGGAAGUUGAUGACUCAAGCUUCCUAGAAAUCAAAGUCUUUCCCCCAGAAGACCCAGACACACGACUUAUUCUGGACAAGAUGGCGGCCUUUGUGGCUGAGGGAGGGCCUGAGCUAGAGAGGAAGGCCAAAGAGGACUACAAGGACAACCCUGUUUUCUCAUUCUUGUAUGAUAAUAACAGCCGGGAUUAUCUUUAUUACCGAAAGAGAGUUGCUGAACUCCGAAAGGAUCACUCAAAACAUGAGACGCCAUCACGUUCUCAUGUCUCCCCCCCAGUGGACGAGGAGACACAGAGGGUGGCUGAGAAGCUGGCCAUGUUUGUGGCCGAUGGUGGCCCCGAGGUGGAAGCCAUCGCCGCCCAGCACAACCAGGAAAACCCCACCUUCAGUUUUCUAUAUGACCUCCAAAGCCCCGCCCACCGUUUCUACAAGGAGAAGGUGGAGGAGUACCGCCAGGCCAAAAAUGCCCAGAGCCCCCCUCCAAUGAUUAAGCAGGAGCCUGGGGUGGAGCUCAAGAGACCGGCCGCCCCUCCCCUGACCUAUCCUCCCCCGCCUCCGCCCCCUCACUACCCCUACCUGGUGGGUCAAGUAAAGCUGGAGCCGGGUCUGGGGAUAAAACAGGAAGUGUCAGGUCCGCCCGUGGUGAAGAGGAAGAGGAAGAGCCGCUGGGGGUCAGAGGACGACAAGGUGGAUCUGUCACUGCAACCCAUCAUCAUCCCCAAGGAGGAGGAGCCAGAGCCCAGCCCGUGUCUCUCUGUUAAUGAACUGAGGGAUCUGGGCUAUAAGAAGGGAAAGCCUAUGGGCCUGGUGGGAGUGACUGAGCUCUCAGAUGACCAGAAGAAACAGCUCAAAGAGCAACAGGAGAUGCAGGAGAUGUUUGACAUGAUCAUGAAGCAUAAGCGUGCGAUGGCGGAGAUGCAGGUGAUGUGGGAGAAGGCGGUGCAGGACCACUCCCACGAGUACGACAGUGACGAGGAGGUGGACCAGCAGGCUGGCACCUGGGAGCACCGCCUCCGGCACAUGGAGAUGGAGAAAACACGUGAGUGGGCGGAGUCGCUGACUGACAUGGGAAAGGGGAAGCACUUCAUUGGUGACUUCCUACCUCCGGAGGAGCUGGAGAAGUUUAUGGAGACCUUCAAGGCACUCAAGGAGGGCCAUGACCCAGACUACUCGGAGUAUAAGGAGUUUAAGCUGACGGUGGAGAACCUUGGUUUCCAGAUGCUCAUGAAGAUGGGCUGGAAGGAGGGCGAUGGGCUUGGCUCUGGCGGACAGGGCAUCAAGACUCCGGUCCACAGGGGAACCACGGCUGUUGACGGGGCAGGGUUUGGCGUGGACCGGCCCUCUGUGCUCUCAGGACAGGACGAUGAGUAUGAUGCUUUCAGAAAGAGGAUGAUGCUGGCCUACCGCUUCAGGCCCAACCCACUGAACAACCCGAGGAGGCCAUACUACUGAAGAAGAGGUCUGAAGCUUGGCUGACUUCGUCAACUUUUCAUUUUUUAAACAACCAACAGUGGCGUAUUGAUUUUUCUUUGUUGUGGAAACAAACUGUAGGACACUCAGUUCAAGUAAUCUCCUCUAGAUUGUGUGGAAUUGUAUGGUUGAUGAUAAACUGUUUAGGCUGGA